CACGCUCUGUGCCUUUCUCUCACUCAGGAGCGAAGGCAGCAUCCAGCUCUGAGACGGGGCUGUCAGUCACUCUGCCAGAGGGGGCUCUGCGGGCUCAGGGAGGGGUUCCAGAGCUGCUCCUGGCAAUGAAACGUUCUCCAGCAGCCCACAUCCUCACCUGACUUCCUCUCUUCUCCGAGGACAGUUGCAGAAAAGUGCUUUCCACUCCUUUGCCACAGGUUGACUUCCAGAGAGUGGAGAAGACCAAGUGCUCCAUCCUGGGCAGCGAUGAGACUGUAACUGGAGACCUCCUUCUCCUCCUUAUGGAAAGUUUCAGGCCAGGCAUGGGACCAUUGGAGGGAGCCAACAGCACAUUCACCGUGGAGAAGACAACAUUGGAUGAGAAGCUGCCACAUGGCUGGCAUGCCAAGGACUUUGUCACUCCUACCCAGGAUCUCUCUGGGUCCCGCAGUGUCAUGAUGGACAGCACCAAGAUCCUGGGGGUCCAGGUCAUCCUGAUUGCUGCCUACUCCCUCAUCAUUCUGCUGGGGUUCAUUGGAAACUCCCUGGUCAUCUACAUCAUAGUGAAGUACAAGACCAUGAGGACUGUCACCAACUUCUUCAUAGCUAACCUGGCCCUGGCAGACCUGAUGGUGGACACACUCUGUCUGCCUUUCACCCUAGUGUACACCCUCCUGGACGAGUGGAAGUUUGGAGCUGUCCUUUGUCACCUGGUUCCUUAUGCUCAAGCUCUGAGUGUCCAUGUGUCCACUCUCACCCUGACUGUGAUUGCUCUGGAUAGGUACCGCUGUAUUGUUUUCCACCUGGACAGCAGGAUUUCCAGGAGGCUCAGCUUCACCAUCAUAGCUGUCAUGUGGCUGGCAGCAGCUGUCCUAGCAGGGCCUCUGGCCAUCUUCAGGGAGUACCGGUACGAGGAAAUCCCAUCCAUCAACCUCAAAAUGGCUGUUUGCUCAGAAAAAUGGCCCUCUGGGAACAACAGAGAUGCCACCAUCUACAGUCUGUCCAUGCUCCUCCUGCAGUAUGUUCUUCCUCUCACAAUUAUUUGUUAUGCCUACACCAGGAUCUGGUUCAAGCUGAAAAAUCAUGUCAGUCCCACUUCUAGGAAUGAAAACCAGUGCCGGAGGAGGAAAACAACCAAAAUGCUCGUGAUGGUUGUUGUGGUAUUCGCAGUCUGUUGGCUCCCCUUCCACAUAUUCCAGCUGGCCAUCGAUCUUGAUCUGGUUCUUAUCUUCCACGAGUACAAACUCCUGUACAGUGUCUUCCACGUUGGGGCCAUGUGCUCUACGUUUGUCAACCCCCUGCUCUAUGGAUGGAUGAACAAGAACUACAGGAAUGGCUUCCUUAUGUUCUUCCGCUGCCAGAACAAGCCCGAAAGCAUCCACACUGAAGGCUCAGUUAGAGGCAGGUCCUACAUCUUCAGGGCCAACACCCUAAAUGGGAGCAUCAAACAGACUCCUGGCAAUGGAGCACUGCCCACAGAGGUUUAGGGAUGGGACAUCCACCUCCAGCAUUGAGGCUGGCUGCGCCCAGAGACAUUCUUGGGUGAAUGCCUUUAUUUGACAGAAUAUUGUGCUGCCAAUUAUAGCUGCAGCAGCCAUGUAGAAAUACGAAAUACCCCCUGUAUCUCUCAAAACAAUAAAUCUGGUGUAUUUUUGUCUGACCAAAGAAAUUAAUUUUCCCUUUCACUGCAUUCAAGUUAUGCAUGGAAACACAUGAAAAAAUAACACACAGAGAAGGCUUUCAUUUAGCCAGAAAAAUACACCCUUCUUGCUAUUGCCAUUUGCCAAAGUGGGUUGCUCAACCUUUUACCCCCUGACACAUUACACAUUACAAAUGUGCAGCUGAUACUGUGUGUGAUUGUUCAUCUGUAUGUCUCCUACCCAAAAGCUUAAUGAUCCAUCUUUAGCUAAUGCCUCCAAGGGGAGAGAGACCUGCAUGCUGUUCUGCAAACACCUGCUUGUUAGUGCCAUCACUCCUCUGAUCUGGGGAGAGAGUGGGCUGGCACAGAUUGAAGCUGGGCAAUGCGUGAUCUCUUGCCCAACAUUUGCAUAAAUCUGCAUUUGCAACCCAAGGGAUGUGCUCAAGUCCUCAGAAAGCCCAGGAGGUGGCAGUGGCACUACUUACCACAGUCUCCUUUACAAGUGCAGAAGCAGGGCUUUGGGAAUGCCUCAUUAGCCAGGACUUGUGUGCCAGCACCCUGGAAUUAGCAGGGAGGAGAGCAGGAAGGGAAGCAGAUAGGUUCAAUUUCAGCCCUGUUUAUCAGCUGGCCCAGCUCUUUCCUUUCCUAAGGGAUUGGCAAAGGCAAGCUGCUAAAGACCCUAAGAUGUAGCUCCUGCCAUACAAUAACUUUAUAUAUGCCAACAUGACCAGAGAGGCAAAAAACUGCCAAUGAAGCCAUACUCCAAGGCACUCAGAGGGUUUAAAGCUUUCCCCUGGCUGAGGCUGGAGGUAAUAUGGAUCUGUAUAUGGGUGCUUCAUUACAGAAAACAGAUGUAACCUGCUUGCAUGGUUGUCACAGAUGUGGCAGAAGACAUGAAGACUAAGGAAGAUGUAUUCUUUCAAACCAAACUCUGUGUUCUCCUCCUGAAGGCUUCUGUCAGCUGGGGAGUGUAUUUUUAGCUCUGCCAUCAAAGGAGCCUUGAUUGCUACUGUGAUCUUGGUGUCAUCUCUAAAAGACAGUGUUCAUCAGAUUGGAAAGUAACUCCCAGAUGCAGGAAAGAGACUCAACAGACCUCCUCAUUAAAAAUAAAAUGAAAAGAAAAACUUUGAUUUGUAGGUCUUCACUGAAGCAAGGGCAAGAGGUAAGAGGACCUACAGCACUGAGUACACAGGCCUGGAUCAGGCUGCUGGGCUGUCACAUCUGGGUCCUCAAGAGAUCAAUUUCCAAGGGGUUUAUUUGAAAUUCUGCCUUCUCUCCAGCUUCACCUGCCUCUGGCCUUUGUUCUCCAGCUCAGCUUCCAACUGCCACACUAGAUUUUAAGCUCUUUGUUUAUUUCUGCUCUCUGAUCCUCUGCUCCAUUUCCCUAAAUAGGUAUAAGAAAGUUGUUUCUGAUUCCUUCCCAAGAGACAUCAGUGCCAGGGAGGGGCUGCUGACCUCACUUCACACUUGGAAGCAUAGGCAUGUUGAUGCCUAAUACCCUCCUCAGCACCUGACCCUGCAGAUCACAGCCUGGCUUUCUGUCCAGGGAGAUUCAGGAUCUAUGAAGGUCCUGUCAGGAAGUCACUGGUGUUGUGGUAAACAGAUCAUCUGCUUUCUGACAGGCCAAGAUGGGAGAACCAAGACACAAGUUAACCUUCCUCAUGUGAGUGCUGUGGAGUGGCAGUGGGAGUUUGCUGUUUCAUCCUGAUGGAAGAGGGAGGAUAUGCUCCUCCACAGCACUGGAAAAUUCUGUCCCUACUUAAUGGGCUGGUCAUUUCUACAAUCCGUCCUCCUGAGGAACUCUCACCACCUUUCCAUCAAGCUCCAAGUUACAAGGAAUGUUUAUGUUUCAAAAGUAGCUCAAAUGGGUGGAAAGAAUUCAGCUAUUACCAAUAAACACUUCAGAAAGUGAUUUAACACUCAGUAAUAUAAGUCAGAGUAAAAUAACAAAUUUAGCAGUGCAAGCUUGGAAGCCAAUCAUACUGCCAGACAAGAUGGAUGAGGAGCUAAAUUGCUCAUCUAGAGGCCAUGCCAAAGGUUUUGUCCUGUGGCACCACACACGGUAUCUAACUGCAGAGCAAGGCAGAUAAUGACAUUAUGAAUGACUGUUUAAUUUUGAGCCCAGAUUUUUAAACUAAAUAUAGAUAAAUAAAUAAACAGAUCCAAGUUCUUCAAAAAUUAGUACUGGCAGUGGCAUGUACAGGGCAGAGGGAAUUUUAUGCUGGAGCAAACUGAGGAGGAGAAACUAUUUACUUGAAAGGUAACAGCGAAGUUCUUGUUUGCUCUGUUUAAUACACUUGUGCAGCUUCACUGAUAGAUUUGUGCCAGUGAGCUCACUGUUUUUUCCUUGACGUUGGAAAAAGUUACAACCUUCCACACCCACUGCUGGCAAGGAAACCAGCUCUAGGUUGUGCAUCCAUGUUCCUGUGGAAAACUGUGAUGCCUCUAUUGAGAAAAAGGGGCCUUAGUGUCCAGUACCAAACAGAACAAGAGAAGAUAGGGAGCAAGGAAGCAAAGCUGUUUAACAAAGGGAGAUCAGAGCAGAUAAAGAGUAUGUUUUGGCUAUUGUGACUGCAGAGAGGACAAGAAUUAAUUUGUUUCCAUGAAACAGAAAUCUCUUGGAGAUGAAGGUUCCUCAAAUAUUAACACUCUGCUACAGAUGGCCUUACUGCCAUGAUCAGUUCCAUAAAACCAAAGACUGGCAGUUUUUUAAGCUUCUGAACUAUUUAGAGCUCAGGACAGGGUAUGACUCUGCUCUGUGGGUGUCAAGGUCAUAUCAUUUAGUAGUUACAGAUAAUCUUGGAGUCAUCUUCCCACUCCCUGUUCCUUGCCAAAGGCACAUCUGUGACUGCCUGGCCAGCCGGGCUCCUCUCUGCAGAGCUGGCCCUGGUGUUACUGACACAGCCCCAUGCCACUGGCACAACAGCUGACAGGGAUGAGGUAUUUCAUUACAGAGCUGGAAACAUGGUGACAGAAAUGAAAAUCAACGAGCGUUUCAUCAAAGCUUAUCUGGAAGACAGUGUUGUACCUGGUGGCCAAAUGAAUUUCCUCUAGGCUCUUCCUGAUUCUUGCUGCCAUCCUUCUCAAUAUGCUGCUUCUCUGAGCUGACCUGAGGCUAUUUCACAGCCUUUAGGAGGGAGAUUCUGAAUUCCUUUAGAGAUGCUCUAUUUCUUAUGCUAGGACGCUCCUUCUGGUCACAUCAUACAAAUCUUGUGUUAUAAAAUGUACCACUGAACAGUUCUUAAUUGCCUAGAAGAUUAUUAACUUUGAAUAGACACAACAGGUGGCAAUGCCUCUAGCUAUUCCAUGCAACCAUUCCUCACAUGCCAGUCAAAUCCAAGAACAGCUGAGAUGUGACAACUUCUUAGUUUAAAACCAGCAGCAUCAAUAACUGUAGUUCUCUAGAACAGGAUGCUCUAAGAGCUCUUGAGAACCAGAAUCUCUUAUCAAACUUCCAGCUUUGACAAAGCACAUUGAACUUUGCAGAGGACAGGCUGUGCUUUGGACACAGGAGCCCUUCUGAGCACUAAAAUUUUUUCCUCUAAAACACUUAGCUUAUUCUGAAAAUCCCUUCCCAUUUAAUUUUCAAAGCAUACACGUCUGUAAUGAGGUAAUGCAAGUACAGAGAGCAAAGGUUUGGGCUUUUUAUGUCUUGUCCUGAGGCAAUGUAUACAGCUGGCAUUGCAAUCAAUGCAGGGUGAGCCAGGUCCUUUGGUCAUGGCUCUCUCAGAAUCAAAAAUGUGACAAAAUGUGACAUGCUCUGUAUUUGGCUUCAUAGUGCUCCUUGAUCGGCCAGAUUCAGCCUCUCAUGGCUGUCUGCCCUUCAGUAAUAGGUGCCCUCUCCCAUUCUCCAUGGAAGCACAAGCAAACAAUGUCAAAUGGCACAUGUUUUAUUCAACAUACCCACAAACGUAUCAGCAGAAACACUGCUCAGAGCUUUGUACUGAGCUCUAUAGGGAAAUACAUACUAGUCCAAGAGAGAGGCCAUUCCUCUAACAUAUGCUAAUAUGCCAGAGGGGCUGGAGCCAGUUGUGUUCUGCUGAAGGAGGUCUCAGACAGUUCAGCCUUUCCCUUGAUAUCAGGUGUUAAUCUUAUCGUUGUUACAGCUAGCAGGGUCUGAAACCAAAUUAGCCUUUGGGCACGAGCUGGGGAGUUGGCACUGCCUUUGCAUGCCUUUGUCUUUCAGUUCUGUUAUUGUGUGAUUCCACCAGGGUCUUUGAAUGUGCUGGGUUUUAAAUAAGGCCCCAUAAUCAGCUACUCUGGUGAAAAUCAGGUAUUACUGCAAUA